AUGGCUCAGGUAGAGGAGCCUCAAACUGAAGGAGAUGGCAGCCCCCAGAUGACCUCCUUACGAUCAGACAUGUCAGGGAACCAUGUCGACGAUGGAGAAGUGGGACCUUCCAUCAGGAGGAAGAGGAGGAAGAAGAAAGACCCGCGCCCAGAGUCCAUUAUUGUGUACCGCUCUGAGACAGAGAGGGCACCGGGAGAGGACCAGGGUGGUGAGGAGGGAGCAGAGAGGAGCACUGAGGAAGGAGCUAAGUUCCUCUGCACACCCACAGGCGAAGGCGGAGGCUGGAACCUUCCUCCAGACAGCCGCUACGUGACUCUGACAGGCACCAUCACCAGGGGCAAGAAGAAGGGUCAGGUGGUGGACAUACACGUCACUUUGACAGAGAAGGAACUCAGAGAUCUGGCCAGGUCAAAGGAGCGUCUUGAUGCAGAGUGUGAGGCAGGGGAGGGCUAUAAGCGUCCCUGCGGCUUCGGCGUGUGCCAGGGACCCCAUGUUGUCCUGUGGAGCAUCUCCUGUUUCCCUGUGGUUUUCCUCCUGUCCUUCAUCACCUCCUUCUACUACGGCACACUCACCUGGUAUAAUGUCUUCCUGGUGUACAAUGAGGAGCGGACGUUCUGGCAUAAGAUUACGAUAUGCCCCUUCCUCAUCAUCUUCUACCCCAUGCUCAUCAUGCCCAUGGCGCUGUCUUUGGCCCUGUACUCAGCUGUGGUGCAGGUGUCCUGGGCCUUCAGUGAGUGGUGGCAGGUAGUGAGAGACCUGGAGAAAGGCUUCUGCGGCUGGGCCUGCGGGAAGCUGGGUUUGGAGGACUGUUCCCCAUACAGCAUUGUAGAGCUGCUUGAUUCUGACACAGUUUCUGGCACUCUGCAGAGCAAAGCCCCCAGUGAACAUGCCCAGACAUCAUCAGUGUGAAACAGGGUGACACUGAGUUCUAUUG